AUGUCCUUUAGAUUUGGUGGCUCAAAGGCUGCUAGUACAAAUAGUUUGAAUAGCAAUAAUAGAGGAGCAAGUGGUUCUACUAAUUCUGUAAAAACUCCAGCAACACCUUCCUACCUCAACAAUGAUGUAAUUAAUGCUGUUCUGGAAAGAAAUCCAUUCUAUGAUUAUGCAGAUGAUUCGGAGGAUGAGGAAGUAAUUGUUGUGGAGAGCCCAAGUUCUCCAAGUACUACAUAUAUUAUGCCUCCUCCUGGAAUGAAAGCAAUUCCGAAGAAGGAAGAGGAAAAAUCAAAAACUCAAAAACCUCCCUCUCACAGUAGAACAAACUCUGCAAAUUCUGUAAAUUCUGGAGUUAUCAUUACUCCUAAUUCAGCAGGAACAGAUCAUAGUAGGAGUAGUUCAUCAUGUUCUGAUAAAUUAAACUUUUCCGAUGUACCCAUGUUGGAUGAGAAUGAGGUGAAAUUAGGAAUAGAGGAUACAACGAAAACAAGAUAUGGACAAAUGACCACAAUAUUUAAUAGAAGAAAUAAUGAAACGAAUGAGGAUUUUAAUGAUGAUAGAGAUAUUGGAUUGCAGACACCACCAACAGUACAAAAGAAAUCAGCAUUUAGUAAUUUUAACAUUUCAACAAGUGCCUCAUUUGACCAAAUUAAUACUUACACAAUGCUUAAAAUUCUGCACACAGCUCACGAUUUUGAAAUGAAAGUGAAAGAGUUAAAGGAACGAGGACUUGCCACUGUUUCCAGUGGAGGAAGAUUUGAUAUCAAGAGGUUAUUUAAAAAGUACACUGAUUUCGCAGCACAGAAAUAUGUGUGGACAUUCUUGAGUAUUUUAGGGCUCUUGGGAGGUUUGAUUGUCUUUGUACAGGAUAUUGUUAUAACAUAUAUGGAAAUUGGGAGAUGGGAACUAAUUGAACAAUUCAAUUACAUAACAGAUGAAACGUCAAGAAAUGCUGUCAAGAUGGUAAUGUGGGUCUUGUAUAAUAUUACCUUUAUUAUAUUUUGUUUAUUCAUGACUGCUUGGGUCGCUCCAACUGCUGAAGGAAGUGGUGUUCCAGCAAUCAAAGCAAUUUUGACUGGUGUCGAUUCACUCAAAGAUCCAGUAGCAUUUAAAACUUUAUUUGUAAGAGUAUUUUGUUUGCCUCUAGUGAUUGGAGCGAGCAUGUUUGUAGGUCGAGUUGGUCCUGUAAUCACCAUAGGAGCUUCACUGGCUGAUAAUUUACUGAAAUUGAAAAUAUUCAAAGGCAUUAAGGAUAGUAAGACCUUGAGAGCUCAAAUGAUUGCCUGUGGUUGUGCCAUGGGUGUUGGUGCAAACUUUGGUACACCUGGAGGUGGUGUAUUACUAGCUCUGGAAGCUAUCGGUACAUACUAUUCAUUGAGAACUUAUAUCAAGUCUUUCUAUGUGGCCGUAGUUGCUGCUCUUACUUCUCGUCUUUUACACGCUGCAACUGAUGGCACUAUUUACUUGUCAUUUGUUUGGCACAUUAGAUUUUCAUUGCCAGCAUAUACCAUUCCAGAUUUAAUUUCAUAUGCACUUUUAGGAGCAUUCCUUGGACUUAUGGGCGUAGGAUUUGUUUUUAUCAAUGACAAACUUCUUCGAUUGAGAAAUAGAUUUGGAGGAUAUUAUUUGGGAUUUUUCAAAUUUGGAAAACUGAAUGGAAAGAAAUACUUGUAUCCACUCCAAAAUAUUUUCCUUUGGUCUGUUUUGAUUGCAAUCAUUACUAGUGUUAUAACAUUCCCUUAUUUGUUUGGAAAAUUCAUGUCACUUUCUGUUAGUCAAACAUUGGAAAGCUUAUUUUACGGACAACAAUUACUACCAGAAAAUGGAGCAAUUGGAGCAUGGAUCAGUGAAGGAACAAAAGGUGUAAAUUAUUAUAAUGAGCUUUUUGCCCACUUGAGUAUUUUCCUCGUUUUCAGAAUUUUGCUUAGCUUUAUUUCAGUUUCCUUACCAAUCCCUGCAGGUAUUUACGUACCUCUCGUUGUUAUGGGUGCUGGUGUUGGUCGUUUCUGGGGUGAAGUGAUGCACUUUAUGUUCCAAAAUGGAUACACCAAUUCAGAAUAUGCUAUCAAUGCUGGAGGCUAUGCAAUUGUUGGUGCUGUUGCCCUGUCUGCUAGUGCUACUCAUGCUUUUAGUACAGUAUUUAUCUUAUUGGAAGUGGCUGGUACUGGAGUCUAUUUACCCUCUCUAAUGGCAGCCAUUAUUGCAGUCAAGAUUAGUAGAUCCUUAACUUUGAACAUUUAUGAUUCAAUUAUCAAACUCAAAGGUUGGCCAGCAUUGUUGGAAGCACAAACGGACAAUGAUAAUUUCACUGUUAAGGAUAUUAUGAAUUAUGCAGAUUCUUUAAUAGUUUUUGAGGAAAAUGCUUCAUUUAGUGAGUUGGAAACUAUUUUAGAAAAUAGAAAGGUUCUGCCAAAGACAUUCCCAGUUGUCAAUAGCAAGAAGGAUAUGUUCUUAUUGGGUACUAUUUCUUUAAUUCAAUUACAAAAUAUUUACAAUUUGAAAAAGCAAGCAAUCGAACAGGAGGAGUCUAGCCACAGUAAUAGUGGUAAUACUCAAGAACAUCCAGAACAUCAAGAAGAAAAAGAGAAUUUGUCAACCAAACUCUUGUCAAGAGGUGAAUCAUUAUAUUUUGGGUGGGAGCCUGCCCUCACUGAAGAAAAUCAAAAUUCCAAUCACACUAUCGAGUUACAAGACAAUAAUAAUCCAAGAAGUGAAAGGAUUUCGCUCGAUUAUCAAACAUGUCCUGUUGCCAUAAGUGAAGAUACACCAGCCCUCAUUGCUCACCUUCUCUUCUCUCAAUUGAGAAUUGACGAUUUGUUUGUUGUUUGGAUGGGAAGACUUAUUGGACAAUUACAUAAGGAAGUUUUAGUCAAGAAGGUUGUCGAAACUGCAGAUGAUGUUCGACUUGACAUUUAAAGUUCACUAUCUUUUAAAAGAGGAUUUGGACCAAGCUAUAAUAUGUGAAGAAAUUAAUAUAUUAAUGUACAAUUAUAGGAUUUG